GCCGCCCUGAUCACGUGUGUGAGGCGGGGUGACGUCACUCGGUGGAGCCGGCCGGCGAUGCGGGAGAAUUCUGUUUAACAGUGAUCAUCAGCUAAAAUUAUGGCCACUGCCAGUGGUGAGGUGCACCAUCCUGUAGAUCCCGGAAUCUCAAAGCUGCAGUUUGCUCCCUUCAGUAGUGCCUUGGAUGCAGGAUUCUGGCACGAACUAACCCAGAAGAAACUCAAUGAAUACCGACUGGAUGAGACCCCCAAAGUUAUCAAGGGAUACUAUUACAAUGGUGAUCCUUUGGGUUUGCCAGCUCGCUUGACAUUGGAGUUUAGUGCCUUUGAUAUGAACGCUUCGAUACCAGCCCGUUGCUGUCCUGCUUUUGGAACGUUGUAUAAUACCAACACUUUUGAGAUGUUCAAAUCCUGUGAUAAGAAAUCACUUCUGGAAAAAGAAGCCAAUGAGAUAUGGGAAUCCAUAAAAUCUGGAGCUGCUCUUGAAAACCCCAUGCUCUUGAACAGGUUUCUACUGCUGACAUUUGCAGAUUUAAAAAAGUAUCACUUCUAUUACUGGUUUUGUUACCCUGCUCUCUGCUUCCCCAAUGGAAUACAUAUAAUUCAGAAACCGGUGUGUCUUGGUGAGAGGUUCUCAUUAAAUCAGAUUCAAGCACUUCAGAAAGCAUAUGAUGACCUUUGCCAGAAAGAGGGAGUUACAGCCCUGCCUUAUUUUUUAAUCAAGUAUCACGACAAUUCUGUCAUGAUAUCUCUAUUGAAAAAGUGGGAUGGUUUCUUUCAAGACCAAGGGGGAAAGGUGACGGUUGGAGUUUAUGAUCCAUGUAAUUUAUCCCAAUAUCCAGGAUGGCCACUGAGAAAUUUCCUGAUCCUGGCAGCCCACAAUUGGAGCAACAUUCUCCAGACAGUUGAAGUGCUCUGCUUCAGAGACAGGACCAUGCAAGGGGUGAGGGACAUAACACACAGCAUUAUCUUUGAAAUAAAACUUCCAGAGAAACCCCUUGGCCAAGAUUGUCCAAAAGCUGUUGGAUGGGAGAAAAACCAAAAGGGAGGCAUGGGUCCGAGGAUGGUGAAUCUCAGUGAGUGCAUGGAUCCAAAAAGGUUAGCAGAAUCAUCUGUGGAUCUUAAUUUGAAAUUGAUGUGCUGGCGUUUGGUGCCUACUCUGGAUUUGGAAAAGAUUGUGUCUGCCAAGUGUCUGCUGCUAGGAGCUGGUACACUGGGUUGUAGUGUUGCAAGGACCUUGAUGGGCUGGGGAGUCAGGAAGAUCACAUUUGUGGACAAUGCAAAGAUCUCCUACUCCAACCCCGUGCGGCAGCCGCUGUACGAGUUUGAGGACUGUCUGAGUGGGGGGAAGCCCAAGGCACUUGCAGCAGCAGACAGGCUACUGAAAAUCUUCCCAGGAGUGAGCUCAGAAGGCUAUAACAUGAGCAUCCCUAUGCCAGGCCACCCAGUGAAUUUUUCUGAGGUAACAAUGGCACAGGCUCGGAAGGACGUGGCUAAACUUGAAGAGCUUAUUGAUACUCAUGAUGUUGUUUUCCUACUGAUGGACACUAGAGAGAGUCGAUGGCUUCCUGCUGUCAUUGCAGCCAGUAAGAGGAAGUUGGUCAUCAAUGCUGCCUUGGGAUUUGACACUUUUGUUGUUAUGAGACACGGCCUAAAGAAACCAAAACAGCAAGAGUCUGGUGAUUUGUGUUUCAGCAAUGCUGCUGGUCCUUCUGAUCUUUUGGGAUCGUCACUCUUUUCAAAUAUCCCUGGCUAUAAACUGGGCUGCUACUUCUGCAAUGAUGUUGUGGCACCAGGGGAUUCCACCAGGGAUCGGACACUGGACCAGCAGUGCACAGUCAGUCGCCCUGGAUUAGCCAUGGUAGCUGGAGCCCUUGCAGUGGAAUUAAUGGUUUCUGUUUUACAGCAUCCAGAAGGCGGUUAUGCUGUGGCCAGCAGUAGUGAUGAUAGAAUGAAUGAGCCCCCUACUUCUCUUGGACUUGUUCCUCAUCAGAUCCGAGGAUUUUUAUCAAGAUUUGAUAAUGUUCUUCCAGUCAGCCUGGCAUUUGAUAAGUGCACAGCCUGCUCAGCCAAGGUCCUUGAACAGUAUGAGCGAGAAGGGUUUAAUUUCCUAGCUAAAGUUUUUAAUUCUUCACAUUCCUUCUUGGAAGAUUUGACAGGUCUAACUUUAUUACACCAGGAGACACAAGCUGCAGAGGUACAGUCAUUCCAACAACUCAAGUGCUGUGCCCUGAAAAUGGCCUUUUCAGCUCUAAAGCACUUUAAGAUCUGGGACAUGAGUGAUGAUGAAACAAUCUGAAAUCAGCUGGAUAAGGAGGAGGAUGACCUGGACUGCAGCCCUGCCUUUAUCUGUUACCUGACAAGUUAAUGAUUGCUUACCCAUUCUGACUGCUGCAAAUACAAAUAUAAUCCACAUUUUGACAUUAAUAACUUCACCUUAAAAGCAGUCUGUUAUGGACAGAACUCUCCAUGUUUUCAUUUUUAUUUCGUAAAUAACUAAAGCAGUGGUUAUGUUUAAACUCGGUCUUUUUUUUUUUUUGUUAGUUUCUAAAUAUGGCGUACGUAUAAAAUACACUGCUUAAAUAAGCUUUGGAGGUUUAUUUGUCCCAGGUUUUAUUUUGCUUGUCAGUGGACACGUGGAAGCAGCAUGUCUUUUUUCAUCUUUCCCAGAUUUGUGCCCCUUUAGUUGGAAUCUGUUGUUAAGACUGAGCAUGUUCUGCUACUGGGAAUUAAACUUCAUCUUUAAAGGAGGGUGGGAGUGGGGAAGAACCCACACCUCCUGCUUCCACCACAUUGCUUUUGUCUCCAAGCACAUAUUUAGAGUACAGUUGUUCUUGAUGUGUCAGUGCAGGUGUUAUUCUCUGUAAAGAUCUCACCAUCUCGUGCUAUAGCAACAAUGUAGUUUGACUUAUUUUGCACAGAAAAGACCAGAAUGCAAUUUUUAUGAUGAUGAAGCUUUCCUGAAGUUCAGAGAAGGCUCUGUUAAUAUAGUAAAAAAAAAAAAAAGUGUUUUAGGGGGUGGAUCACUGAUUCAGUCAAAACUUCUAGAAAAAUACUUAAAUGAAAUAAGAAAUUGGUUCUCUGACUUUGCUGUUCUUGGAUGUGGACCUCCAGUACUUUAUAGGUGUUAAAAAGGAGCAAUUGUGAGAUAUUUUUUUUUUAUUCAUUUAAGUCUUUCCAUUUUUACAGCAUCAAGAAUGGUUCCAGAGAUUAUGGCUGAGCGCAAACAGUAGUUUGAGAAUCCUCAAGUUUAACAGAUAACUUGAGGAAAAGGACUUUUAAAUAUCAAAGUAAAUUACUACAAAAUUGAAUCUAUUGCUUUUAACAUGGAAUAGGUUUUAGAAGGAUAUUUGAAAUCUCUUUUAUAGCUUUAUAUUGUGGGGUUUAUGGGCUAACUCACUAAGAAAAAAUGCAAAUUGCCUUAUCUGCCAAGCAGUCUCUAUUUCCAAUAUAUGUUAUGAAAAGUAGUUGCUCAAUCCAAUUAUUUAGGUCCUUAAAAUAAGCUCUGAAUAUUUUUUGUAGAGAAUUUCACAGCUUCUCUCUGUACCACAUCAGAAGUUCAUUCAGGUCAAGGAUAUCUGCAACUCCCAUAUUCUGACCAUAAAAGAAGAUUUAUUGAAACGUGCUGGGGUUUGCACCAAGGAUCUAAAUUAGCAAUUAUUUGUACUUAUUUUAACUAUUAUAUUCAUAUAUUUACAUGAUUUUUCAUGUAGUGUAGUGUCUAGUUUAAUUAACUUCAUUGUAAUAUAAAAAUAUAUAUUAUUGCAAUAUAUUUUUGAAAGGCUAGUAAUGAUAGCAAUCUGAUCUUUCGGAGGUCAAGCACUGAACACUGAGAUUGAUAACGUUCCAUGUAAAUUUUUAAAGCAGUUUGUUAAAUUGUAUAAUUAGUUUGGAGCUCAAAUGACUCCCAUGUUGUUAUCCAUGCCAUUGUUCAGCUGGAGCCAUGGAUUGGUAGCAGGGUAGUUUAAAGGGAUUAAUCUGCUUUUUUAUCUUUUGGAGUUGCUGAGCCUUGGAGCGUGAAUGUCUUUGCAGCAUCUGGUUAUCUAAAACCUGAAAGCUGAAUCUGAUAAACAUCAAUAAUUAUUUUAAAUGUCUGAAACUCUGCUUAUCCUGUUAAAGUUACCUUGUAGCUUUGCAUUGGAAGUAUCUGUUUAAGUGCAGAAGAGCACAAGGCAGGAAGGUUCAAAACUCAGGGUUAAUGUAAUGUUUCCUUACCUCGGUAUUUUCAGUAACAUACAGCUCUCUGAGACUGAGCUGUUUCCUGCACAUAUGCUCCCCAGCUGUCUCUGAUGUUCAAAAACACUUCAGUUGGACUUGGAAUAACUUCCGUUUUCUAACUAUAAUGUUGUUUUCUUUCUCCUUGUGGACCAGAAUUCCUCUUAUUUUGCUUUUACUCAGUUUCUAGGCAUUUACUGAGUGAGAAAUUGUGAGAAUCCAUUCAAAUGAAUGAAUGCACAUUCAAAUACUAUUAGCAGAUAAACACAUUUACUU